CAAGUCAAAGAGGUCCCUAAGCAAAUGAUCAAUGAGGACAACAUCAGUAUUCUAGAUAUUAAGAGGUCAACUGGAUGUCCAGAAAAAGGAUUCGGAGCUGUUUUGCCACACCAUAAUAAAGAUCACAUGAAAAUACAUCUGGACACAACAUAUGCUACAGACUACGUGGCCCCUUAUAGUUGCACAUCAACUUUAAAAGUUCCAGAAGUCCCAAACUACUCUGCAGCCUACAAGAAAUGCCAUUCCCAGUUUACAGACAAUGCAGAUUAUAGAAGGCAUGGUAGAAACACCUGGCAAGAUGAAAGUGGCAUGUAUGCCAAUGGUCAAAUGAAGCAACUUGUGUUCAAGCCAACCUGCCCUUUAACACCGCACCUGUGA